AUGGCUGACCAAACCGAAGCUAUUCCACUCAACACCCAAACCAUCCUUCAUGUGAACAUGUCAAGUGUCACAAAACUCACCUCUGACAACUAUUUGAUGUGGAGCAUUCAGGUCCAUGCACUCCUUGAUGGCUAUGAUCUUGCUGGCCAUAUUGAUGGAUCUCGACCACAACCCACCCCAACGGUCACAAACAAUGGUGUUACGACGGCCAAUCCCGACCAUGCAUCGUGGAGACGUCAGGACAAGCUGCUCUACAGCGGUCUUCUCGGUACUGUAUCACUCACUCUGCAACCUCUUCUCUCCAAAGCUCAAACCGCAGCCGAAAUUUGGCGCACACUAGCAUACACCUUUGCUAAGCCAAGCCGUAGUCAUGUUCAACAAAUAAAGACACAUAUCAAGUACUGGUCCAAAGGUACUAAGAGCAUUGAUGAGUACUUUCAAGGACUCACAACCAGGUUCGAUCAGUUAGCCUUGCUUGGCAAACCUCUUGACCAUGAUGACCAGAUCGAACAUGUUCUUGGUGGCUUGCCUGAAGAGUACAAGAACGUCAUUGAUCAAGUUGAAGGUCGUGACGUCUCCCCAACACUCACGGCGCUCCAUGAAAAGCUCCAGAGCAAAGAAGCAAAACUCCUUGCUAUUUCUUCAUCACCAGCAGAACUUCCCGCUUCUGCCAACUUUGCCAACAAUCGCUCACGCUUCUCUCCUGAUAAACAGCAUCAACGUCAAGGUCAGAAUUGGUCCAACAACCAGAAUCCGCAGUACCAACGUGGCAACCGCAACGACAAUCGCUUCACCAAAGGCUACCAAGGUCGAUGUCAGAUCUGCGAGAUUCAUGGCCACAGUGCCAAACGUUGUCCUCAGCUUGCUAACUCUCAGCCAGCACUGCUUCCCAACCUGAUGCCACAACAAUACCGCCCAUGGCAACCUCAGGCCAACCUUGCACUUGGCUAUCCACACCCUGCUGACCCAUGGGUGCUCGAGAGUGGUGCUACGCAUCACAUGACCAGCGAUCUUCAGAACUUAGCUCUCCAUCAACCCUACAAUGGCGACAACUCUAUUGUUAUUGGUGAUGGCUCUGCACUUAAGAUCACUCACACUGGUUCAAUACCUUUAUCUUAUCCCUCUGGUCAACUGCGAUUAAACAAUGUUUUUUUUGUUCCACAUCUACAUAAGAACCUUAUAUCUGUUUAUCGGCUAUGUAAUUCUAACAAGGUGACGGUUGAAUUUUCUCCUACCUCAUUUCAGGUGAAGGAUCUGAAAACGUGGACCCCGUUACUCCAAGGUAGGACUAAAGGCGAGCUUUAUGAGUGGCCAGUCGCUUCCACACCCUAUGCCUCCUUCUUCACAACCACCUCCACAAAACCAUCCUUAACCGACUGA